CCUCGUUCGGUCGUUCCCCUCGGCCGUCCCUCGCUCUCCUCUCUUUCCCGUCCGCACGUUAUCAGGAGAAGCGCGACCGGGAAGAAGAAGAAGAAACCCUAGCUCUAACUAGAUCGCCUCCAUGAUCAAUCUGGGCAUGGAGCCACCGCCGACGGCUUCGAGCUCCGGCACGGCGGAGAAGGCCUUCUCGUUCCUCUCCAAGGGGUGGCGGGAGGUGCGGGACUCUGCGGGCGCCGACCUCCAGCUGAUGCGGGCCAGGGCCAAUUCGUUCAAGAGCCUCGCCGACCGCGAGCUGGAGAACUUCCUCCAUUCGGCGUCAGCGUUCUCGGCGCCGCCGCGGCCGCCGGUGGAGGGGUCGAUCGCGGAACUCGAGUUCGUGAAGCGGAUCCAGCCGAAGCUGUCGGACAUCCGGCGGGCGUACUCGUCGCCGGAGUUCAGCCGGAAGGUGCUGGAGAAGUGGAGCCCCAAGUCGACGAUCCGGAUCGAUCUAUCCGGGAUCAGGAACGCCAUCGUCGCGGAGGUGGAUGAGGUGGGAGCGGUUCUGGAUCUCAGCAAGGAUGGGGUCCGGGGCCCGGUUAGGAGGAGGGUCCGGUGGAAGGGAGAGGAGAAGGAGAAGGAGUGGGAGCCGAUUCGGUUGUUGAAGACAAGAUUGAAAGAGCUUGAGAGGAAGAGCCAAUCGAGCGAGAUCUUUGGAAAUUUCAAGAGCAGCGACUUCGUGGAGAAAGUGAAAUUGAGCCUGAAAUCAAUUUGCAAGGAGCCUCAAGAAUCAAAGGAAGUUCCACCACUGGAUCUACCUGAACUUUUGGCAUAUCUGGUUAAGCAAUCUGGGCCAUUGUUUGAUCAACUUGGUAUAAGACGAGAUAUAUGCGAUAAAAUAGUCGAGGCUUUGUGCAGCCGACGCAAAGACCAGCUCUUAUGUCAUUCUCUUUCUGAGAAGGAAGCAUCCUUACUUGAGAACGGGAACAUCAAUGAUGAACUUGAUCUAAGAAUAGCCAGCGUGCUCCAAAGUACAGGGCAUCACUAUGAUGGUGGCUUUUGGACAGACCCAAUAAAGAAUGACACAGAAGAAAAGAAGCAUCAUGUUGCAAUUGUGACAACCGCCAGUCUCCCAUGGAUGACUGGAACUGCUGUGAAUCCACUGUUUCGAGCUGCAUAUUUGGCUAAAUCUGCAGAGCAGGAUGUUACAUUGGUGGUCCCUUGGAUUUGCAAGUCUGACCAGGAGCUGGUUUAUCCUAAUGGUAUGACUUUUAGUUCUCCAGAAGAGCAGGAGGUUUUCAUACGAAAUUGGGUGGAAGAAAGAGUUGGUUUUAAAGCAGAUUUCAAGAUUUCUUUUUAUCCAGGAAAGUUCUCAAAAGAGAGGCGGAGCAUCAUACCUGCUGGGGACACUACACAAUUUAUUCCUUCCAGGGAAGCUGAUAUUGCAAUACUGGAAGAGCCAGAGCACCUAAAUUGGUACCAUCAUGGAAAGCGUUGGACAGAUAAGUUUAAUCAUGUUGUCGGUGUUGUUCACACAAAUUACCUAGAGUACAUCAAAAGGGAGAAGAACGGAGCUAUCCAAGCUUUCCUGGUCAAACAUAUUAACAACUGGGUUAUGAGAGCAUACUGCCACAAGGUUUUGCGUCUUUCUGCAGCGACGCAGGAUCUACCCAAGUCUGUUAUCUGCAAUGUUCAUGGCGUGAAUCCCAAAUUUCUUAAAAUUGGAGAAAAGAUAGCUGCUGAAAGGGAGCGCGGAGAGCUUGCAUUCUCAAAAGGAGCAUAUUUUCUAGGAAAGAUGGUGUGGGCGAAAGGUUAUAGAGAACUGAUUGACUUGUUAGCAAAGCACAAGAACGAAUUAGAAGGUUUCAAGUUAGACGUGUAUGGAAAUGGAGAGGACUCACAUGAUGUUCAAUCUACUGCCAGGAAGUUGGACCUGAAUCUCAACUUCCUUAAAGGAAGGGAUCAUGCAGAUGAUUCACUUCAUGGGUACAAGGUUUUUAUAAAUCCUAGUGUCAGUGAUGUCGUUUGCACGGCGACAGCUGAGGCUCUGGCAAUGGGGAAGUUUGUUAUUUGCGCAGAUCACCCAUCAAAUGAUUUCUUCAGGGCAUUUCCGAACUGCUUAACUUACAAGACAUCAGAGGACUUCGUUGCUCGAGUGAAAGAGGCGAUGGCCAAUGAACCCCAAUCCCUCACUCCUGAGCAGAGAUAUAACCUGUCAUGGGAGGCUGCAACCCAGAGAUUCAUGGAGUACUCGGAGCUUGAUCGAGUGUUGAGCAAUAACAAUGAUGAGUCAAGUGAAGGAGGCAAAUUCAACAGUAUCAAGGCUAUUAAGAAAUCAAUUUCCAUGCCAGCUUUCUCAGAUGUUGUGGACGGGGGAUUGGCAUUUGCUCAUUAUUGUCUCACGGGAAGUGAGAUCCUGAGGUUAUCUACAGGAGCAAUACCGGGUACACGUGAUUAUGAUAAGCAACAUUGCAUGGAUCUGCACCUCUUGCCACCUCAGGUACAGAAUCCUGUAUAUGGCUGGUAAGGGAAACCCUUUUGUAACAAUAUCCUGUAGUGUAUAUGUUAGUUGAUGAAGUUAGGCCAAGAGCUUUCCCAAAGUAAUGUGCAUGAUGAUCUCAUAAUUCCUUUUGAUUUCCUUCCGCUGAUGUGCGUCUUCAUCUGUCUCCCAAGCUGUAAGUGAUUCUUUACUCAUGCCUCUGCCAUUGCCAUACUUUGAGAUGAAUACAAACUGCAACCCUGGGAGAAAGGGUAGUUGGAAAGGCAA